AAUCAUGUGGACGCGCGUUUAUCGAUGAUCUGCGUCUCCACUGUCAUUUGUUUAUGUUCCUGCGACAGCGACGGACAGUGAUAUGGCAGAUAAACAGAUCGUAGUCCGUCAAGGACCUUCCGUGCUCCAACGAAGAUUGGAGCAUAUGGAGAGAAGUAUGGAGGCGAUAGAGAACAUGCUGCAAGAGUGGCGGCAACAGCAGCAGCAACCGCAGCAGCAGAUAGACCGCCUUGAACAAGCGGUCAAUCUGCUGCUGCAAGAACGCCAGCAACAGCAGCCGCAGCAGCGUCAGUUGCAGCAACAGGAGCAACCGCAGCAGCAGCAGGAGCAACCGCAACAGCAGCAAUUGCAACAGCAGGAGCAGCUGCAGCAUACUUACGAGCGGCAGCAAAAUAAUAUCCGUAGAAAUGGACCAGGACAUGGGCGUUCCCGCGCCCGUUGGUACCGCCAACGCGGGAUCUUCAGAGGCAGAGGCGGAAGAGGAAGUAGUAGUGGCGGAAGGGGAAAAGGAACCAUUAUUAUUAACAAAUAUUAUAAUAUUUAAAUAAAAAAUUUAAUAAAAUGAA